GGAGCGUUACGAGAAUAGACAAACAAAUAGGUUUGAAACAGUUCAAAAAUAUUCCCCGUUGCGUGAUUUUUUACUUCAAACUGAGUUGUCUUGAAUGCACCCUGAAUCACUAACGAACGAUGGUGACCGCAGUGGAGCUGCUGAGUCUCCUGCUGGUGUCGGCGCUGUGGGGCUGCACUAACCCCUUCCUCAAGAGGGGCACGGAGGGAAUCGAGCAUGUGCGACACAGCAGCAGAGUGUCCCAGCUCCUGGCGGAGGGCAAGUUCCUCCUCCUGAACCUCAAGUACCUGAUCCCAUUUCUCCUGAACCAGAGUGGCUCUUUGGUGUACUAUUAUACACUUUCCACCACAGAGUUAUCUCUUGCUGUUCCCGUGGCCAAUUCGCUCACCUUCCUUUGCACUCUGUUCACUGGCAAGCUGCUGGGUGAAGAGUUUGGAGGCAAACAGGCCGUUGCAGGAAUGUUCCUCACCAUGGCCGGCAUCGGCCUUUGUGUUCUAAGCUCCAUCGAAGACACAAAAACUGAGAUGCAGGCCGACAUGAGGAUUUAAACAAAUUCUCCUGUACCUUCAAGAGACUCCUCAGGCAAGGAGGAAAGAUUCCCAAAGCGUAGCUGGACCAGGACUCCUUACGAACAGGAGAAAUCCAACGCAGACACGGGGAGAAUACACACAGAGAGACGAGUAGAGGUGUGUCUCUGUGAGGCUGCUCACAGGCUGCCAAUCACCGAGCUGAGGUGGGGGGGGGGGUCAUUUAAGCUGAUGUUUCAGAUGCGAGGGAAAGUUAAGGGAUUUGUAGGAGAGAAACAAGGAGACGGAGAGUUGGCAGAAAUGCAUUUAUAGACCAACCACAUGUAUGAAUACUUCUACGGAAAAGCCUCAAAUUAAGGUGUUCUAACCCAAAAUCUUGCAUUACUGUAGCGGUAAACUGUUUUUUUUAAAUGGUAUGUUCAGAUAUUGUUUUCUCCAUUGAACUUAAGCCUAUCCCUUUCCUUAUGUUAUGCAAUAACAUAUGAAAUGAUGUGUCUUAAAUACAUUUAUAAAUUACUAAAAAUAUUUUAAACAUGAAUCUGAAAGUGCUCAUUUUGAGGUACUAACCUUUAAAAAAAAAAAACUGCGGAGCAGACUGUGAAAAGGUCCCGUCAACAAAGUCUUGACUCAGCGUCAGCUUUAAAACCUUUGUGCAGAAACGCUCACGCCGAGCUGAAGGGGACGUGGGUUCAUGCAGGGUUCACCUCAGCACCAGACUAGAUUUAUGGCGCUUGCCUCCAAGUUGCCAGCUGUUAACUUUUAAUUUUAAGCCCUCGGCUGUCUUACCAUGGGACCGCUGUUGGCAUAAAUGCCAGAGGCCUCAGACAAAUACCGCUGGGGUUUGAAAUGGAGCCAUUUGAUCAAACUCUCUGGUCGGCACACUUCUACAGCGUGAAGAGGCUUUGGGGAAGAAGGGACGCAGGAGAGUAGAAUAAAGCUGCUCUUCAUUUACUGUACUUAGUUUUUCCUGCUGACUUGUAAACAUUUAUUGCAGAAAAUCAUAAACCGCUGUUUUUAUUUCUUUGUAAGAUAAACAUGGUUCUUUUUAACUUUGACGUGUAGUGUUCAGAUUUUUUGAAUAACGAAAUUGGACAUAGUAAUGUAUAUUUUUAUUGUCCCAGUCUUUAAUGGACCCAUAACGCUGUACAGACAACUUUAUUAUGGUUUUACCUAUUCAGCUUGAGAUGUGGCUGAUAUUUUAUUAUUAAAUUGUUGGCAAAACA